UCAACCUGACCUCAUUUUCUUCUUCCCUUUCCCGCCGCACUUUAGGUUAUAAAUAGUCCCCAUAGUCUACUAAAAAUCACACUAAAAAGGAAAAAUUCUAGAAAAUUCCUCGUUUCUCUCAUUUUCCUUCAUCUUCUUUCUAGAAUUUUUUUUUUCUCUGCAACUAAAACCCUAGAAAUUGGUUCUUCUUCUUGGUAAUGGGAAUGGCGCAGAGAACGUAUGGCGGUAUACCGGACAGGAAGAUUCGUCCGAUUGUCACCGAUUAUGAGAAUGGACAGUACAGGAACGCUAUGAAGCAAAUCGUUCAAUUAGAACCUAAAUUCGCUAAAUCUGCUUACGUUCCGGCAUUGAAGGCUCUUGUAGGGGAGAAAAUGGGAAAACAUGAAGAAGCAUUACAGUGGUGCUUAGAAGCCAGAGAAAAGUUGUUGAAAGACCUACCAGCUCUCACCGACGAUAAGAUGCUCAGUGCUGUACAUGCUGUUUGUCAAAAACUUGGUCGAAUGGAUAUAGCAAUUAGUUGUUACGAGUAUGCUACUGAUACUGUUCCGAGUAGUUUGGACAUGUUGUAUGGACUCUUCAACUGUUAUAUUCGUGUGUCCGCAUUUUUGAAGCAGCAACAGACGGCCCUCAAAAUGUACAAACUCUCUGGAGAAGAAAUGUAUCUGAUGUGGGCUCUUUGCAGCAUGCAAUUACAGGUCCUUCAUGGUACGAACGGUGCCAAUUUAUUUCCUUUAGCAGAAGGCUUGAUCAAGAAGCAUCUUGUUGCUCAUAGCUUGCUUGAACCAGAAGCCCUUCUGGUGCAUAUUUCUGUACUGGAACAGCAAGGCAAGUAUGACACUGCGCGUGAAGUUCUCCUUGAAUCUGGUCCAAAUCUUCUUGUAAUUGAAGUUGACAGACUACGUAUAGAGGGAAGGCUUCUCGCUCGUGCUUGUGACUAUGCUGCUGCUGCUGAGGUCUUCAUGAGAAUAUUACAAUUGUGCAAUGAUGAUUGGGAGUGUUUCUUAGACUACUUAGGCUGUUUGUUGGAGGAUGAUAGCAGAUGGUGUUCUUUGACCACCAGUGGUCCUCAGACGUUUCCACCAAGAAUUGUUGCUUGCAAGUUAGAUCAUUUAUCUGAUGAAGAAUUUGAUACAAGGAUUGCACAAGCAUCAGGGUUUAUACAAAAUUUACCAGCAGUUACUGAGUCGAUGAAUGUGAGAGGCCCUUACUGGGCGAAAAUAGAAAUUGAAAGAAGAAAACGUCUUCGUGGGAAAGAUAAUGAGAUGAAGGAGGCUAUUUACGAUUACUUCAACAGGUUCAGUCACUUACAUAGCUUCGUCUUUGAUAUUGAGAUGUUCCUCCAAGACUUUUCCAAGGACGAAAUGUUUGAGCUACAUAAUAAUCUUCUCACAAAGACAACUAAAGAGGAGUCCGUAGCAGCAUUUAAUAAAAUGGUCACCAUCUCAGGAGUACGAGAGUGGUUUGGGCUCAUGUUUAAGCAACCUUUGCAGGAUACCGAAAAAGUUAAUGUACACAGAGGAGAUUUGUAUCGAGAAAUGCUUAAACUUUCAAAGAACUUGGAUCCCCAAGAAGCUGUUCAGGGACAAGAACUUCUGUGUAUGGCGUGUAAUGUGCUGGUUCAGUUGUUCUGGCGUACCCGUCAACUUGGUUAUUUGGUGGAAGCCAUAGUGGUUCUGGAAUUCGGUUUGAAUAUACGCAGAAACUAUUGGCAGUACAAGACUUUAUUGGUGCACCUAUACUCUUAUUUUGGUGUCCUUCCUUUGGCCUAUGAAUGGUACAAAACACUCGAUAUCAAAAACAUCCUACUGGAAACAGUUUGGCAUCACAUUGUGCCCCAGAUGUUGUUAUCAACGCAUUGGGCUGAUUUAGCUGAGAUUCUACAUGGUUAUAUAAGCUUUAUGGAAGACCAUUUUAAAGAAUCUCCAGACUUCAUCUUUCUUGCGUACCGGCAUCGUAAUUACACGAAAGCGGUCGAGUUUGUUCAGUUCAGAGAGAGGCUGGAACGUUCUCAUCAGUAUUUGAUGUCAAAAGUUGAAAGUUCUGUCUUAAAAAUAAAGCAGACAGCAGAUAACAUUGACGAAGUACAGAGUGUUCUUGAGAGCUCGAAUUGUGGUAUUGAAUUGCUUGAGCUCUGUGAAGAAAGAUGCAAGUCUUUGACCUUCAAUGAUGAUACACAGUCACGACCUUGGUGGACACCCACUCCUGAUUGCAAUUAUCUUUUAGGUGAAUUUAAUGAAGAUGCAGUUGCUGGUAUUCGAGAAACCAAGUGGCAGCAUUAUUCAGAUAAGCCUGAUAGGGAAAAAAACUGGCGUAAAAUUGUUGAAAGGAGGUCCCUUCUUCCCCGCUUGAUCUAUCUCUCUAUCCAGUGUGCAUCGUUACUCAAGGAAUAUGGAAAAGCCACCGACUCUCCCAGUGAUUCCAGUCAGCUGCAAUCUCAAACAGCUGCCCAGUCAGAAAUUUUUGCUCUGAUUGUGCGAUUUGCAGAAAGCCUCGACUUGUCUUUUGAUGUUGCAUCCAGCAUGAUUGCUGAAAUUUCAAGUGGCCAAAGAUCAGUGGGGGAUAUUCCUGUACAUAUUAUGAGUUUGAUGACCUUUGGUGUUUUUGUGGCUUCAUGGAGAUUGAGUUUAAAUGAUGCUGGUGCAUUAGAAAUGGUGGAUACUCUGAUUGAGAAAUACACACAGGAGAAGCUCAGUGACAUGCCACAACCCCUGCUAAGCUCUCCAGAAAAUUGUUUGUCAUUUUUAGUUCAGAUUGUUACAGAACCUAUAGCUUGGAAGAGUCUUGUGAUUCAAUCGUGUACUCGGGUUGGACCUAAGUCGUCAGGGGCAGGGGCAUCAUCUUCUUCUGGAAGGAGGAGGAAUAAAAGAAGUGAGCAUCCAGUUGUUAAGCUGACCCCUGAAAUGACCCAGUCAAUUUCCAGUUCGAUCCAGUCUUCCUGUGGAAUAGUAGAAGGAAUCAUAGCAGUAAUAAAAAGAGAGCUUGACAUUUCAGAAGAUGACAAGUUGGAGAUUUUACUGACACCUCUCCAGAGAAAGCCAGAAGGAGUCAGGGAAGGUCCAGGGCACUUUAUCCAGACUCUACAGGACAUAGUUCCCUCAUCAGCCGAUCUUGGUUCUAAGAUUUCUAAAUCAUUAGAAUCAUGGAACCCCACAGAUGUACCAAGGAAGAUUGUAAAUGCCCAGAGGAAGACUUUGCUGGAGUCCUUAAACGUUUGUGAAUCGAAACUGAGGCUUUUGGAGUCACUGAAACAACAGCUUCUGCAGUUAUCGUCCUAGAGAGAUACCACAGAGUACUAGAGAAGAUAGAGAGAUACACUGAUGAGAGAAGAUUCUUGUUCCCAUGCUGCUUCCAAAUACAACAAGUGGUGAUUGUAGCCAGUGGUGUUUUACUCGAAGUCCCUUAGGAAGGCAGAUUCAACUGCUGUAAUUCAUUUCGUUUCAUAUUUUUUUUCCUCUUCUAUUAGAUUGGGUUUUUCUUUAACAAUUCUUUUCCGCGGAGUGAAACUGUACAUUAAGAAGUAAGGUAGAGGGGAUUUUCUUGUUUGUUAAUGGUUUCACUUUUGUUGAUCUCACUUCUGCUCUUUGAAUGUGUUGCUUAAUUUCAUUUUUCUCAUUUUUU